UACUUUUUUUAAUUUCCAAAAAUCCCCAAAAUCCAAAUACGUGUUUGUUUCGCUAUCUGACUCUAUUUUCUUCUAUCCGCGUGGAACCGGUUCUUCCGGUAAAAGGUCACCUCACUCCUCCGGGGACCGCGUUUGGUCACUCUUCAUAUAUAACGCUUCACCUUCUUCUUCCUUCCCUAAUUCUCUUCUCUAAAAAAAUCUCAUCCAAACAAACACUCACUUACUUCUAAUGGCUUUUUAGUACAAAUUAUUUUUCACCAUGCUUUCCCGUUUUGCCCCUCAAUUUCUUCAACAUUUCCAUAUUUGCCCUUCUCUCUCCCACAGACCAUCCUUGAUCGGAGCUAACCACACCUCUGCUCGUUUCUGUUCUCGCUAAAUUCAAACCAUCAAUCCCUUCUUCUUUUGAUUUGGUUUCUGUGAAUUUUUUAUUGUUUGGGUUAAUAGUUAUGGAGAGUGGAAAACCUAAUUUGUUGAAGAACUUUCUGGUGAGAUUGCUUUUGUUUGGGGUUUUAGUAAUCGGUGUUCGUUUUGCUUACGUCGUUACCGUUACCGGCGAGUCUUGUAACGUCGGAGACUUCUGUUUCUUCUCUUUGCCGGAGAAUUUGAACUUUGUUAUGUCCGGCACCGGCGUUGGUUCUUCUGCUAUAUUCUCGAGCGACGCCGGUUCUGUUCCGUCGACUACUGCGGCGGCGACGGGAUCCGUUCUCCGACGUGACUUGUAUACGAGUAAGGAUUGGAUUAAGGCUGCGAAUUUCUACUCUUCUGUUUUUCAAGAUCUGAUUUCUCACGGUUACCUUUCGCCGGAAUCGAAGUCUCUUUGCGUUGAAACCCCGAAGGGGCAAGACGUGUUUGCUUUGAAGGAGAUCGGCGUAUCGGAUUCCGUAGGGAUUUUUAAGAAAGCAUCGAAGCCGUUGGUUAUAAAUGGAGAAGCGCAUCGGAUUCCGUUCGGUGAUAACACAUUUGAUUUCGUCUUCUCAGGCGGCGGUCGGCUGGAGAAAUCUCCACGGCCGUUGGAUUUUGCUUCAGAGAUCGUACGGACACUGAAACCCGAAGGGUAUGCUGUUGUUCAUAUUGGGGCAAAAGAUACGUAUAGUUUCAAUUCAUUUCUUGCUUUAUUCAAUUGCUGCAAUUUAUUAACUAUACGUGAUAUAGAUGGUUAUGAUUCUUCCAUGCCUUUUAUACGUGAAAUGAUUUUGAAAAAAGAAUGUGUUUUUCUUAGCCAUGGGAUUAAGAAAAACUCCCAUGAUGAUGAGAAUGGUGAUAAGUGUUUAGUUCCUGGGUACAAACAAGAUUUGGUUAGGAAAGCUGAGCCAUUGAUUAUGGAAGAACCCUUAAAGCCAUGGCUUACUUUGAAGAGGAACAUACAGAAUGUUAAGUAUCUGCCAUCAAUGGCUGAUAUAAGCUUUAAGAGUAGAUAUGUUUAUGUUGAUGUUGGAGCAAGGAGCUAUGGUUCUAGUAUUGGUAGUUGGUUUAGAAAACAGUAUCCUAAACAGAACAAGACUUUUGAAGUUUAUGCUAUUGAAGCUGAUAAAACAUUUCAUGAAGAGUAUAAGAAGAAAAAGGCUGUAACUUUGUUGCCUUAUGCAGCUUGGGUUAAGAAUGAAACAUUGUCAUUCGAAAUCAAUCGAGACGCGGGUGAUAAAGUCACUGAUAAAGGCAGAGGAAUGGGUAGGAUUCAGCCUGUGAAGGGUAAAAUUCAGCAGGUGAAUACCAUGGGUAGAUAUGAUGGAGAAGUGGAUAAGAUUCAGGGGUUUGAUUUUGCUAACUGGUUGAAGAACACUGUUACUGAGAAAGAUUUCGUUGUGAUGAAAAUGGAUGUUGAAGGGACUGAAUUCGAUCUUAUCCCGAGGUUAUUUGAAACUGGGGCAAUUUGUUUGAUUGAUGAGAUUUUCUUGGAAUGCCAUUACAAUAGAUGGCAGAGGUGUUGUCCUGGUCAGAGGAGUGAAAAAUAUGAGAAAACAUAUGGUCAAUGCUUGGAGCUUUUUACAGAGCUAAGACGAAGUGGGGUUCUUGUUCAUCAAUGGUGGUGAUUGGUAACAGUUACUACUUACCUUACACUUGAUUACAACAUUCUGUUUUAUCUUUUUUUUAUAUAAAAUUCUUUCUUUCUUUUCUUCCUUCACCUUAUUUACCCAACUUGGUCAUUAAAAUUUCUUUGCUGUAACAAUUUUUAGCAUCCAAUGAAAUUUAGAUCACUUUAAUAGUCAA